GCACCCCCUUGAGGUCUCCCUACAAAUCGCAGACGAGGCCAGCCUAAGGGGGCCAAUCAGCGUUCCCUUUAGUGUGAAGUGCUUGAAGUCGUGCCGGAGAAAAAAAGAUGGAGGCUGUUUCUGAGGAGGGAGCCCCGACGGAGACCAACGGGGUCUCUCUCGGCACCGGUUUUGCCGCCGUAGUUCCCGAGAGACUUCAGCAGAGAGAAGCGGAGCGGCGGGAGGAGGCCGGGAGGAGGCGGCGGGAGCGCGAGGCGCUGACGGUGCAAGAGGAGCAGAGCGAUUACUUCACCGCCGCCUUCGCACGAGAGCGGGAAGCCAUCGAGGCCUUGUUGGGACCGGGGCCGGACCAAGGCGCUGAGGCUGUGCUUGAGGCGGGCAGGCGGCUGCAGGAACUGCAGCGGCUGCUGACGGACUCGGUGCUCUUUUUGGCCCCUUACGAGGUGCGGCAGGCGCAGGCGGCGCUGAGCAGACUCCAAGACGCGCUGUCUGAGCUACGCCUUCAGCUGCAGCCCAAGAAGCGGUUCGCUUUCAAGAAGGCCCUCAAGAAGGAGGUCGCCUCGGCUCAGGCACCUCCGAAGCCUUCAGGGCUGCCACCACUGCCGCCCCGCGAGGAGGAAGCGGAGGCGGAACCGGGGUGCGGAUUCAGCCGGGCCGAGGGGCAAGAGCUGGAGCUGGGCCCGGCCGAUCUGCUUCAGCGGGACGUGGUGCUGUCCCAGCUGAGCCGCUGCCGGGUGUGGCUCCGGGGCAACCCCAACACACUGACGGUGCGCGGCUGCCGAGACUGCACGGUGCUCUGCGGCCCUGUGUCGACCUCGGUGAUGGUAGAUGACUGCCGCGACUGCCUCAUGGCCCUCGCCUGCCAGCAGCUCCGCACGCACUGUACCACCGACACUAGCUUCUACGUGCAAGUGACCUGCCGGGCCAUGCUGGAGGACUGCAGAAGCGUUAGCUUCGCUCCCUACACAUGGAGUUACGCGGGCAUAGACGCGGAUUUCGAGACUUCCAGGCUUGAUAGGAGCAGGGACAACUGGAGCCAGGUGGAUGACUUUAACUGGCUGGCUAGGAACCAGCCCUCUCCGAACUGGCGCGUGAUCCCCGACCAUGAGAGGAUUAUGGACUGGAAUUGAACCAGGAGCUGUACCUGUCACCUUCUCUGCAGAGGGCCUGGAGUCGGCUGCGCUGCGGCUGUAGGAAAGGCUAAACUUAUCAAGAAAUGGAACUAAAAGCAACAAAUAGAGAUCAGAUUGAUGCACCUUACUUGUCUUGCCUAUAGGUUUAACUACUCUAAUGAGGGGGCCAAAACACAGCCUGGUAGCUUUUCUGUAUGCUGUUGCUAAGUGUCCUGGUGCUAACUCAUUUUGUGUUGUGUGCACUCCAGGUUUCCUCAUGCAAUGGCUGUCCCACUAUUUCUCUAAACUGGGUUAUGCUGCUACUUUCUCCUCUCUGAAACAGCUUUGGGACAGCAAAAUGCUUUGUACCACUGAAGUACUAUUGGUUAUCUGACUACAUUAGAGUUUUUAAAAAUACAGUGCUUUCAGUGGUGAGCUGCUUCAGUUGUGUAACGUUAUGUUUGAGCCAGUGCAAGCCUGGGGGAAGAUAGAAUCUACCUGGUGGCUAAACUGAUAUGGUAUUUAAAGCUGAGAAACAUUAUUAGCAAUUGGUAUUACACACUUGUCUGCCAAACAAGCUUAUUCCAGGUUAAUAAGAGUAUAUUUGUUACAUGAAAUGGCAGUGGUCUUUGUAAUAUAUAGCAGAGAUGCUACAAAUCAGACCAGGUGUGUCAAACUCCAUGCUUUGAGCUGGCUUCCUAAUCUUUAAAACAAUUCAGAUUUUGUUUUACUUUCUGGGGCAAACUUUGGAUGGGCUUCCACUUCAAUUUCAAAUGUUCCUUAUAGACGGCACUUUCAUCUGUUAUCUGCAAAUUUUCACAAAAACAUUUUGAUAUUAAAGUAUGGUGUGUUAGUUCAUCUUUGCAGCUAGAGCUUACAAAUACUAUUAUCCCAAACAAUGUGGUUUUGGUUUCAACUAAUGCUGUACCUGCAAGUAUUAUAAAGGCCUGUGAUUAGCCGAAAAUGUAUACAUGCAUUCUCCAUAAUACUUUUAACAUUAAACACUUUGAUUUAAGUGGGAGAAACUUGAGCAUGUGCUUAAUUCUCCCACUAAAAUAGUUGUGGAAUUAAAAGUCCUGAACUCUGGCUGGAUUAUGCCCAUACUAAUGUCCUACUUUACACAAGAACAUUGUUUUCACAGUAAAGAUUCAACGUUUCACAUAA